AGCGGGACUCGAUAUCUCUUCCCUUCCCUCUUCUUUCUCUCUCCUUCACUAAUUACUCGACAAGGCGUUCCCACGGAAUACACAUUUCCUGCACGCAUAUUAGGACAUAUAACGCAGCAUACAUCAGCACCGCGCCAGUCAGUGCACUCCUCGGACGGCUUUAACGUUGGCUUAUGCCGCACAGGAACGGCGUCUUCGGCAGCAUCGCUCAAUACAGCACACCACACCACACAUGUCGACAGUACUAUAACCCACCACCCGUCAAGUCACAACAGAGUACUCCAUCGCUGUCUGCACACGUGAUCUGAAAUGACUCUCCUCUCAAAACCAUCCCGGUCCUACGCCAACGUGGAUCACGACGCAGAAGGUCUCAGUGCAGUCGGCAGUGGCCCCUAUUCAUCCACGCAGCAAGGAAAAAAAUUGAGCAAGAAAGGCGAUGGAUUCAAGACGUAUCGUCCGCCCAUAAGUGAAACACACCUUCGACGAUCACUAGGGUACGAUCCUCAUCCCACUUCUCACUUUGCGCCCCUUCCAUCCGCCUUCCAAUCCCACCGCAUCAAGAAAGAGCAGGCCCUUGCAGGUCAACGCGCCGAGGCCGACCACCUUCUCCAACCAGGCUAUCGAUCUUAUCAUCCUUCAGACGAAGCUGAUUCUUCCGUCGCUCCUCGGCGCACGGCAGGCGGUCUUGGCAGUCUACGGCCAAGCCCCAGCACGUCCAGCUUCAAUGGCUCGGCAGCAAUUGGAAACGGACGUCGAGCGGCCGGGGUGUAUAUGGAUUCAAAUGGGAAACUGCAUGAUACCGAAUACGACCCGUUUGCUGGUGUCAAGGAUAUGACCAGAGCAAAAUCGAAUCGCCGAAGCGCGUUUGGGAGCGAAAGGCAUCAUCGCGCCGGUUCCUCUUCAUCAUCCUCCAGCGAUAGCGGCCAAGCGUCUUAUCGACGACCGAGUCAUGAUAUGAGAGAGGAAGAAGAGGUUAGACGCAAGCUGCAAAUAGAGAGGCAACAAAUGGACGAUGUUUCAUCUUACGUCGCUAGACGGAAAAGUUUGCUUUCAGAACGAGAAGGAAGUGGUAGAGGUAGUCCAUCAAUCAGGUCGAGCGAGGACGGACCGCCAACAGGAGGUAGCUUUGUUACGGCUCGCACAAGAUCUCAGCAGGGAUACUACUACCCUUCACCUUUAUCACCCUCUUUUGCGACGCAAGGUGCGAGUUUCGCCAACGGUUACCCUUCACGCACUCCUACAGCAUCUGCUUUUCCUGCUUCUGCCGGUGAAGGCACACCACCUGAAAAGUCGACAGAAAUGACACGAGCUAAAUCACCUCCGCCUCCACCCAAAUACGAACCUCCUCCUGUAGAAAGACCCAAACCAAAAUCAAAAGUUGAAGUGAAAGAUGGUACCACCAAAAUCAUUGGCUUCGACGGACCUGUACGUCCGAUCUCACCUAACCCACCGCCAACCGAACAAUUCUCCAGCCUCCGCGUCCGUUCCCCUUCCCUUUCAUCCUCAUCACACCACCUCAGCCCGCCAGGCGCACCUGCUUCUGCCGCAGAAGGAUUAUCUGCGGCUUCGAGGUCCUCUGCAGAUUUGACUCGUCAAAUGCGCUCACCGAGACCGAUUGAAAGGCGACAUCAGGCGAGGGACGAUAUUUACCCUGAAACGCCUGCGCAGACUAAACGACGACAAGAGCGUGAGCAACGCCGGCUUGUUUCGGGCCAUGGACCUCCUGCUCAUGCGUUACCACCUUCAGCAAGCCACAACACCGCUCUCGCGGUUGACACUGCUCUUGCAGAGAAUGGCGGGGCAAGAAUUUUGCCAGAGAUUGAAAUCGUUGAGGAUGAUGAUCCGAGAAUCGUCUUUCCUAAAGAAGGCAAAACCACAAGGGUGCAGAAGACGCAUGAUCAUGUCAUCAAAGGCCCAUUCUCACAUGCUCUCCAAGCGCGAAAGGGGUCUCAUGCAUCCUCCACGGCGCUCAACACGUUUGCCAGUGCAGGCAACGGCGGUUUUUCCUCUGCUAUUGGCCAUUCUUCAUCAAUACACGACUUUUCUUCUCUUACCCGCCCCAAGUCACUAACUGGCUCAAAACCUGGUUCAUCCGUUAUAGAUGAUGCCGGCGGUUAUCUCCCCAGUCGAUGGGCGAGCGGAGAUAAAAAUUUGAGAGUGACAGAGGAUGAGAGAGAAAAAUAUAGACCGAGGGAAUGGGGUGGGAAGUAUGGUGAUCUGGGAGGAAGGGAAAAUGAAUGGAGACCGACACCAAAAGACCAAAUGAAGCGCAACCUGAAAGACAUAGCGACAAGCGCUAGGUUUAGUUUGUAUAGGACAAAGAAGAAGUUGUUACGGAAAGCCGAUCUUUAGAAAGGUGCCUCACAACCAUCCCUCCAAGUCAAGUAUCUUUGCUUGUUCCAUGGUUUUCCUUCGUCAUCUUCCUAUCAUCGGAAUAUUCAGUCAGAUUAUGUGUUCCUGAUUUUUGUAGCAGUUUCUGUUGUCUUUGCGGUUGUAUGUGUUCUUAACUUUUUUUUUUCAGACUGUUUGGGCUUAUAUACCAAGCAAGAUCUAUUGUAUACACGUUCAUUUCCUUUCUUACCUCGUUCAGCCAUAUAUCAUUUGCUAUCAGCCAGAGUUGUGGAUUCCAUUCCUGGAAGUGCAAAAGGCUUUUCUUGGUUUAGCCGACAUGUAUCGCAAUAUACCAU